AUGAAAGACUCUGUGUCACACAAUGCUCCCAAAGUCAUCAAGCAAAUCCAAUUCAGCUUGCUAAACGCACAAGACAUUGUCAAGCUUUCUGAAUUCCAGGUUACGCAUCAGGAUUUGUAUACGCCUGUGGAUAGGGUGCCUGUUAGGGAUGGGGUUUUGGAUCGGAGACUCGGAACGACGGAGAAGAGUGCGUUUUGCGAGACGUGUGGGUUGUCUUCUGCAGAUUGUGUGGGACACUAUGCGUAUAUCAAGCUUGCGUUACCUGUGUUCCAUGUUGGGUACCUUAAGCAUAUCGUCACCAUCUUACAAUGCAUAUGCAAGUCCUGCGCACGCGUCCUCCUCUCCGAACCAGACCGCCGAACAUACCUCAAACGUUUCCGUCGUCCACACCUCGAAAACAUCCACCGCACAUCCCUAGUCAAAUCCAUCAACUCAUCCGCCCGUAAAGUCGUCUACUGCCCUUACUGUUCCUCAACAAACGGUACCGUCAAAAAAGCAGGUGCGAUCAAAAUCGUACAUGACAAGUUCCGCGCGAAGAAAACUGCAGAUGAGUUGGAGAGGUUUAAGAGGUCGUUUGCGAAGGCUAUCGAGGGACAGAAGGAGAUUGGGAUGUAUAUUAAUAAGGCGGUUCAGGAGGAUUUGAAUCCUUUGAAGGUUUUGGAUUUGUUUAGGAGGAUAUCAGAUGAGGACUGCGAACUCCUCGGCCUAAACCCCUCCCACGGCCGUCCAGAAGAAUACAUCUGGCAAUACAUCUCCGUACCCCCCGUCUGCAUCCGUCCCUCCGUAGCCCAAGACGGCGCAUCAAACGAAGACGACCUCACAGUCAAACUAACAGAAAUAGUCUUCACUUCCGCAUUAAUCAAACAAGGACUAGCAAAAGGCGCUCCGACUCAACAAUUCAUGGAACAAUGGGAUUUCCUUCAAGUUAGCGUAGCGAUAUAUAUUAAUUCGGAGACUCCGGGUAUACCGAUUCAGAUGGCGCAGAAACCGAUUAGGGGGUUUUGUCAGAGGCUUAAGGGGAAGCAGGGGAGGUUUCGAGGGAAUUUGAGUGGGAAGAGGGUGGAUUUCUCUGGGAGGACUGUUAUUUCCCCGGAUCCGAACUUGAGAAUCGAUGAAGUUGCUAUUCCGGAGCGAGUUGCGAAGAUCUUAACUUAUCCAGAACGCGUUACUGCGCAUAACGUCAAUGUGCUGAGAUAUGCGGUGAGGAAUGGAUGUGAUGUUCAUCCUGGGGCGAAUUAUGUUACGGCUGGGAGUAGUGGGUUUAAGAAGUUUUUGAAGUUUGGAAAUCGGAACGCUAUUGCGGAUGGGUUGAGGAUUGGUGAUGUUGUAGAACGACACUUAAUUGACGGAGACGUGGUGCUGUUCAAUCGACAGCCUAGUUUGCACAAACUUUCUAUCAUGUGUCAUAGAGUCAAAGUGAGACCAUGGCGAUCCUUCCGACUAAACGAAUGCGUAUGUGGUCCUUACGGUGCCGACUUCGACGGUGACGAGAUGAACAUCCACGUACCACAAACCGAAGAAGCACGCACCGAAGCCCUCACCCUAAUGAGCAUCAAACUCAACCUCGUCACACCCCGCAACGGCGAACCCGUAAUCUCCGCAAUCCAAGACUUCAUCACCGCAUCCUUCCUCCUCUCCCAACGUGAUCGUUUCUUCGACCGUCAACAAUUCGCACAAAUCUGUUCCUACUUCUGCGACGCAGACUUACAAAUCGACAUCCCUCCUCCAACUAUACUCAAACCUCAACGACUAUGGACGGGAAAACAGAUUUUUAACGUCCUGAUGCGUCCGAAUAAACGAAGUAACGUACUAGUCAACGUCGAAUCGAAAUGUAACAAAGAACAAAAACCUGAUCCUGCGAAUUACCCGAGGAUGAACCCUGCUCCUGACCUUUCGCCGAAUGAUGGGUACCUUGUUAUCGUCAAUAGUGAAAUCAUGUGUGGUGUUAUGGAUAAAGCGACUGUUGGGAGUGGGAAGAAGAGGUCGAUAUUUGGUGUUAUUUUGAGGGAUUAUGGGCCUGAUGAGGCUGCUGCUGCUAUGAAUAGGAUUGCGAAGCUUUGUGCUCGAUGGCUCUCUAACAUAGGCUUCUCACUCGGUAUCAACGACGUAAUCCCCGGACCAACCUUAUCAGCAAACAAAGACAAGCUAAUCGAAACGGCCUACGAGACGUGCAUUGACCUCAUCGCACAGGCUAAGAAAGGCAAACUCGAGAAUAAACCGGGUUGCAAUCAGGAACAAACACUAGAGGCUAUGAUUUCCGGUGUGUUGUCCAAAGUCCGUGAUACGGUCGGAGACACAUGUAUGAAGGAGCUCAGCCGACAUAACGCACCGCUCAUCAUGGCUACCUGUGGUUCAAAAGGCUCUGCUAUUAACGUCUGCCAAAUGGUCGCAUGCGUCGGCCAACAAAUCAUAGCCGGCAAACGCGUCCCAGACGGCUUCCAAGACCGUUCCCUCCCCCACUUCCCAAAAAAAUCAAAAGAACCUCCCUCAAAAGGUUUCGUCCGUAACAGUUUCUACACAGGUCUCCUACCCACCGAAUUCCUCUUCCACGCUAUCUCCGGUCGAGAAGGUUUAGUCGACACUGCUGUUAAGACUGCGGAAACAGGGUAUAUGCAGCGCAGGUUGAUGAAAGCGUUGGAAGACUUGACUACGAUGUAUGAUAUGAGUGUGAGGAAUUCUGAGGGAGGGGUUGUUCAGUUUCAGUAUGGGGAUGAUGGGUUGGAUCCUGGAUGUCUUGAAGGUGAUGCACAGCCUGUUGAGCUGAAUAGGUCUUGGAGUCAUGCUCGGGCCAUCUCAUCGCGACGAGGUCGUGGACUAUUACCUUACGAGAUUAUAGACCUCGUCGACGAAGAACUCUCAUCCAAAAAGUUCACCGGAGUUUGCUCGGACACGUACAUCGCCGUACUUCGUCAGUUCAUCUACGACAACGCAGUAAAGCCUCUAGCGGAACAAAGAAAAGAACAUGGGAUGUACGACGCUUUACAAAAGGAGGACGAAUGGGACGCAGAUACGGACUUGUCUAUGGGUGCAACCGACGCAGAAUUCAAAAUCAUCUCCAACCAAAUCAAAGUAACCCACACCCACCUCCUUACAUUCCUAACCCUCUGCCUCAAAAAAUACCUCAAAGCCAAAAUCGAACCAGGGUCCACAGUCGGUGCAGUCGGCGCCCAAUCCAUCGGUGAACCCGGAACGCAAAUGACACUCAAGACAUUCCAUUUCGCUGGUGUUGCGAGUAUGAACGUGACGUUGGGUGUACCGCGGAUAAAGGAGAUUAUUAACGCUGCGAAGACGAUUAGUACGCCGAUUAUUAGUUGUAGACUUGUUAAUAAUAUGAGUGAGGCGAGUGCGAGGAUUGUUAAGGGGAGGUUGGAGAAGACGCUUUUGGGUGACGUUGCGUCGGUAUUGGAAGAGGCAUGGGCACCGGAGUACACGUACAUCGGUAUCAUAGUUGACAUGGACGCCGUCCAAAAACUUCAGCUCGAACUCACGCUCGACGACAUCAAAUGGGCAAUCGUAGCAGCCAAGAAGCUCAAAGUAAAACAAGAAUCGAUCAUUGUGAUACCAAAAAAGAACCGCCUCCGAAUAUACAUAAAUGGAGAAGACAAGUUCUACCGCUUGAGAGAACUUCGGCGUGCUUUACCCUCCGUAGUAGUCAAGGGAAUACAAACCGUCCAACGUGCGAUUAUCAAUAUCAAGGACAAAGACGACCAUAGAGGAAAGAAGGGUGACAAGGAGAUGCUCGUUGAGGGGUACGGACUUCAGAAGGUUAUGAUUACGGAUGGUAUUGUCGGCGAAUACGCAACGACAAAUCACAUCAUCGAGACCGCCGCCGUACUGGGGAUCGAAGCUGCCCGCGCGAACAUCAUCAACGAAAUUCAGUUCAUCAUGAAAGAGCAUGGGAUGAGCAUCGACCCGCGGCAUGUUAUGUUGCUUGGGGACGUUAUGACUUAUAAGGGCGAGAUCCUAGGCAUCACCCGCUUCGGCGUAGCCAAGAUGAAAGAUAGCGUCCUCAUGCUCGCUUCCUUCGAAAAAACAACGGAUCACUUGUUCGACGCGUCCGCGUAUGGGAAGACGGAUAGUAUUCUUGGUGUAUCGGAGAGUAUUAUCAUGGGUAACCCGGCUGCGAAGUGUGGGACAUCUAUGCCAUCACUCGUCACGCCUCCACCGCCAAUAAGCAAACCUCGAAAACUAAUAUUCGAGGACGCUUUAUGACAACAUAACGACCUUUAAGGACUAGUCUGAUUUAUACAACAGGGUUGAUUUUUAUCAUUCAAUUUUUUAUGUAUUUCAUGUAUCGGAUUGUAUUGUUAUAGCAUAC